UAUGCGUUUGAUCGUUUCGUUGUCUCGUGUCUGUUGCUGGUUACGUAGGUGUAAUCCAUUCUAUCGUUUGUCAAUGACUGAGGAAGCUGUAGAGCAAGCAGCCGACGAGUCCGCAAGAGAAAUUCGAUGUCCAACAGCGAAGAGAGCGAAGUUUGACAAAGAUGAAACACAGGAAACAACAAACAAGGAGAAACGAAGGAAGGUUGCCUUGUUUCUAUCUUACAUUGGAAGUGGAUACAAUGGCAUGCAGAAGAAUCCAGGAGUGAGGAGUAUUGAGGAGGAUUUGAUUGUUGCUCUGUCAAAAGCAGGAACUAUAACAGAUGAAUGUAGAGAAAAGUUGGACAAAAUGAACUUUCAACGAUGUGCUCGUACUGACAAGGGUGUAUCUGCGGCUGUCAAUGUUGUUUCAUUGAAGAUGUUAGUGAAGGAAAAUGCCCUUGAUCUCAUCAAUUCACAGCUUCCUGCUCAAAUCAGAGUUAUGGGGCUUAUCCAAACAACAAAGAAGUUUGACUGCAAACAUUGGUGCAGCAGCAGAUCAUAUGAAUAUCUUUCCCCUACAUUUGCAUUUGCUCCAUCUUAUGAGAAAACAAGAAGAGAUUUUCGAAUAUCUGAUGAGAUUUUGUCUCGUGUUCGAUAUUUAUUAUACAAGUACAAUGGAACACACAGAUUUCAUAACUUUACAGCUCGAAUUCGGCCAUCUGAUCCAUCAGCUCAACGAUACAUCAAGGAGUUUAACUGUGGGCAGCCAUUUGAACGUCAGGGCAUGGAGUUUGUCGUGUUGCGGGUGAAUGGCCAGAGUUUCAUGUUACAUCAGAUAAGAAAGAUGAUUGGUCUGGUUAUGACCAUCGCUCAAGGUCAUUCAGAAGAAGACAUCAUACAAAGAGCGUGGGGUGGUGACAGGGUUGAUGUACCCAGAGCUCCAGCAUUAGGUCUGUUGCUGGACAGGCCGUAUUUUGAUGCUUACAACAAGAAGUAUGGAACAGAUGGUUGUCAUGAGUGUGUCAAUGUGUCAAGAUUUGAAAGCAACAUUGAAGAAUUCAAGCAGAAGAUUUACGACAGAAUUAUUGAAACAGAAUUAAAGGAGAACUCUAUGAUGCAUUGGUUAAUGACUCUAAGCCGACACGACUUCUCUGGUGAUAGAAAUGAGACUGCAAGGGAAACCAAGAGAAAGAUGCAAGGUAGUGAGAUGGUAAAAGAACAGAAUGAUCAUGAAGUGAUGGCCAGUAACAGUAAGAAGUCUGCAACAGGUAGAGACACGGGUAGUAAUAGUGUCAGUGUAGGAGAUGGAAUGCCUCUGGCUUGUAAUAUUGAACAAUAGAAAUGUCAGAAAGAUAUUGUG